AUGGACUCUCGAUCGCUGAGGAUAUGGGCCUUGCUCAUCAUCGAUUCCAUCUUUCUCCUCGUGGAGCUCACUGCCGGCUACGCUGUUGGGUCGCUGGCGCUGGUAGCAGAUGCCUUCCAUAUGCUCAACGAUGUGCUCAGCUUGGUCGUGGCGCUCUACGCCAUCAAGCUCUCUGCUAAUUCCCCAACCUCCAACUACUCAUAUGGAUGGCAUAGAGCGGAGAUUCUCGCGGCUCUCGUGAAUGGCGUCUUCUUACUGGCGCUUUGCUUGUCCAUUUUUUUGGAGGCGGUUGAGCGUUUCUUCUCUGUUCCUGAAAUCAGCAACCCUAAGCUCGUUGUGAUCGUCGGCUCGCUUGGCCUCGCCUCCAACAUCCUAGGCCUCUUCCUUUUCCAUGAACAUGGGCAUUCUCAUGGUCACGGCGAUUCUCCCGCAUCAUCACCAUCCGCAACUCCGAAAAAAAUGGAAAGCUCGCCAAUACCCUCCGAAACUACCCCACUUGUCUCGCCGCCCUCAUCCCCCAAGAGGAUCAGAGGAUCGGCGAAGCGCUCUAGGUCUCCUAGCCCCUACACCGGUCACCCAGCCCAAACCCGCGCACGAGUGGUUCAAACAGCUGAGCAAGCUGGGUAUCACUCGGGCUCAUUUUCGAUGGCACAGAGCCCUUCUAGUCCUUCUGCCUCAAGGGGUUUAGCAAGAGUUUAUGGAGCUUCUAGAGCAAUACCCAUACCACCCGAAGACGCAGUGAUGGACGAUUCAGGAAGCGAUGGAGACGAGCAUUCUGUCCACGAGCAUUCACGCCCGGAUGCUCGUUUCCACAGUCACACAAGCACUCACACGCACAAACAUGAUCCCGAACAUGUUCAUUCAGCCGUUGAUAUUGAAACUCAGGGACCGGAUCAUGGUCAUAUCCACUCUCAUGGCUCGAUGAAUAUGCGUGCGUUAUUACUUCACGUGCUGGGCGACGCGUUGGGCAACGUUGGCGUCAUCUCGUCUGGCCUCAUUAUUUGGCUGACUACUUGGAGUUGGAAGUACUAUAGCGACCCCAUCAUCAGUUUAGUGAUAACCUGUAUUAUCUUUACUAGUGCCCUACCUCUCGUUAAAAGUGCCUCUUUCAUUCUAUUGCAGGGCGUUCCACCGUCCAUUUCAUUGGACGCCGUUCGUGAGGACAUUGAGGCAAUCCCUGGAGUUCUUUCCCUGCAUGAACUGCAUGUGUGGCAACUUUCGGAAACCAAGAUCGUCGCCUCAGUCCAUGUAUGUGUUGCGCAUGAAGGAGAGGAAGGGAGCAGAGCAUUCAUGGAGGUUGCCGGCGAUAUAAAGAAAGUGCUACACAACUACGAGGUGCACUCGAGUACGAUCCAGCCUGAGUUUUUCACUAUCGCUGGACACGAAGCCCAAUCCUCCAGGCCCGGAAGCGGGACGGUAACGCCGUGCAGGAUGCCUUGCGCGCCCGGACGGAAUUGCCCUCCUGAAGUCAAAUGCUGUCGUGAGUAA